GAACUGAGGCCCAGGAGAGAUAACUAAACCUGCUGAGAGUCACUAACCAGGACCUGGUAGAACCAGGAUUUAAAUCUGAGCAGGCUCGUCUGAACCCCAUGCACUUGAGCACCCUCUGAGAUAAUUUAGCCCCUUCACCGGUACCAGAUCUAUGGCGGCCUCCAGAAAUGGUUGCUAACUUACUAUUAUCGUUAUUUCUGUCGUACAAUUCAUUUCUACCUUUCCAAUAAACUUUCCCCAACCAGUGAACCUCACUUACUGCCCAUAAAGUUCACCUGUGCCUCACCACCCUACCCUCGCCCGAGUUUUCUGCUCUGAUCUAAUCCUCAUACGCCUGUGCAGCACCAGCUUCCAACACCAGGUGCACCGCCAGGGUAUUUACUGAUACAGUGAGUGAAGGUGGCCCGGCCGGGCUGGUUCCCAUCCUCUGAUCAACGCCUAGGGGAACCAGUGAACUCCAAUGCUGACCAUAAUUGUCUCAGAAAGUAGGGCUGGAAAGCCCAGCUCUCCACUCAGAGACCUGUGAAGACCGAGGAGGAUGGCGCAUAUGCAGCCGCAGGAUGGUAACCUCGAUCAGAGAAGGCUGGGGCAGUUCCGGGACAUAAAGCGCGCUGGAAGGACACUGAGUCACCAACCACCGCCAUGGGCCGGAAGCCACCGCCCUCGCGUCAGCUGUAAUCUAGAGCGCGGCGCAUCCCGUGAGCCCGUGGGGGACUACGACUCCCGGCAUGCUCCGCGGCCAUCGGAAUUAACCCUUCAGGGCUGGGGGCCGCGCUAUGCCCCGCCCCCUCCCCAGCCCCGGACACGGACCCCGCAGGAGAUGGGUGCCCCCAUCCGCACACUGUCCUUUGGCCACCGGACAUCAUGCCUCCCAAGAAGGAUGUUCCCGUGAAGAAACCAGCAGGGCCCUCCAUCUCCAAACCUGCUGCUAAGCCAGCAGCAGCAGGGGCUCCUCCAGCCAAGACCAAAGCUGAGCCAGCUGUCCCCCAGGCCCCUCAGAAAACCCAGGAGCCUCCAGUCGAUCUCUCCAAAGUGGUGAUCGAGUUUAACAAGGACCAGCUGGAGGAGUUCAAGGAGGCCUUCGAGUUGUUUGACCGAGUGGGGGAUGGCAAGAUCCUGUACAGCCAGUGUGGGGACGUGAUGAGGGCCCUGGGCCAGAACCCCACCAACGCCGAGGUGCUCAAGGUCCUGGGGAACCCCAAGAGUGAUGAGCUGAAGUCCCGGCGUGUGGACUUUGAGACUUUCCUGCCCAUGCUCCAGGCAGUGGCCAAGAACCGAGGCCAAGGCACAUAUGAGGACUACUUGGAGGGGCUUCGUGUGUUUGACAAGGAGGGGAACGGCAAAGUCAUGGGAGCAGAGCUCAGACAUGUUCUCACCACCCUCGGAGAGAAGAUGACUGAGGAGGAGGUGGAGACUGUUCUGGCAGGACAUGAGGACAGCAACGGCUGCAUCAACUACGAGGCCUUCUUGAAACACAUCCUAAGCGUCUGAGUGCUGCAGAUCCAGUGGGGUCCGGACACUGGGCCCCGCAGGCGGAAACACGUUCCAGCCACCAGGAGGCCACCUAUUGUUUCAAAAUAAAGACUGGGUUCCUCUCGG